GAGUGUGAUCCGCAUCUCCAUCGUGGGGGUAGCCUCCCUUUCGUUGUGUCGCCUUCUCUUCCUACUCCGUCUCCCCAGGCUUCGUCUAGACGUCCGCUAUCUGUAGGCCCAACUUCACGAGACUCGGGUACUUACAGCAGGGAGGGGAAAGGGCGGCUCUACAACAGGCGAGACGAUUCAAUCACGCGCCCGAAUCGGUACACAACGGCAAAUACGACCCUGCUCUCCUCCGACUCCUCUCGCUGUUCGUCCUCUUACCUCUCUGCUUGCCUCCUGGUCCUUCUCCUCACCUUCGCUCGUGCUUCCACUUCGUCCUCUUUCCUUCGUCUUGUCCCCGUCUUGGAUGUUCCGGCUCGUCUCGUCCAGCCAGAUCAACAGCAUUUGCUCCUCCCUCGUACGGAGGUGAUCUCAGGCGAAGCGACGAAAGAAGAGGAAAAUGCGAAGUGAUUUGGCGGAGAUUGGACAGGUUGAAUUCACCGUGGAAGGAGCACGAAGAAGCACCACACACCUGCUGUGUUUGUUGCCGGCAUCUCAACUAUAUCCCCUCCGCAUUAGCUACUUCAAGGAUCUGUUCGAUUUUUGAGAAAUGUGAUGUGAUCUGGACUCCUCUUAACUCGAUUGCAACUAUCGUCGAACCCUGUGUGAAUUCCGCUGAUGUUCUCCACUCGAAUUGCCCGAGUCGCUUGCCACGAUCCGGAAGGAAGGAAGGAAGGAAGGAAGAGAAGGCAGGGAGGGAUUGGCUUGGUGAAGGGCGAACGGACGGAUAGACAGGCUGGCUGGCAGGCAGGCAGAGACAGAUAGUUAGGGGAGGGAGGGAGGGAGGGGGGGAGGGAGGGAGGCAAUGAGUUUUCUAUGCAUACCUGCGGCUUGCCGGCAAGGUAUACCCGACGACGAGACCUGGACCCGAGAACACUUUCCCGGCUCGUCAACGCUGUACAGAAGCAGCGGGAACGGAUUCAGACUGAAGGGUAAUAAUGGGGGGGUAAUUGGCAGCCGGCCACCUCCAUCCUGUCCGCCAUCUGUCUUACAAUCGAUCUUGCAAGACCCGGGGUACAACAAUGAAAGGUCGAGCAUUGAGGGGGGAGGCAUUCCCCAUAGCCAGAGCAAGAAGAGUGGUGCGAACUCUUGGUCUCCUGCAUCGUCUGCCUCAUUGGGGGUAUCUUCGUCACGAUCGCAGCGUGUCAAUCCAGCGAACGGUGAGGAGGAGGUGGCGUCCAACGCUGCUGGACAUGCGUCGGUUGAGAUGGGACCUGCGGCGGCGACGGCAGGAGGAAUAGCAAUAGCGGCGGUGAUGGAGAGAAGUCCGAUGAGGAGGAGGGGACGGGUGGGUGAGAGCCGAGUAAGGGGAGGGAGGCCGCCGUCACUGCAUCUCUAUGUCAGGCAAAACCUGGACAUGGCUCCACUAGGUAGCAUUGCCGAAUCGCCGAGGGAUGAAAUCGAGUCAUCCCUGCGGGUUCCGUCCCUGGAAGACGCCGGAUGUCCCCGUUCUUAUCGGAGGAGCGAAGACUAUGGCGUCAAGCAGGGGGCGAGAGAAGUAGGAAGGGAAGGAGGAGGAGGAGGAGGAGGAGGCGGCGACGGUUACGAAUGUGCUGACGAAGGCGCGGCGGAAUCCGUUCGUCGCCCGAUGAAGAUGAUGGGGAUGACGGUGAUGACGAUGACGGCCGUAGAGUCGCAUCCUUUCGACCGCGAAGAUAGGAGUACUACGCUAGCUACUUCAAUGGCGGUGGGGAUGAAUGGUGUGCGGGAUGCAGGGAUGUGCGGCGGCGACACGACCUCGAGGGGGAGAUGGAGGGAGGAUGGAGGAAGGGGCAGAAUUUGCUCGCCGAUCUUGUUGGAGCUGUUCACGGCUUACGGGUGCAGCUCUUGUCCUCGAGCGGAACGGAUUCUGUCGAGGCUGGCAGUGUUGUCGUCCUCGGUGGCCUCGAUGUCGCAGGAGCUGGCGAUUAUAGCGUUGGCUUUCCACGUGGAUUAUUGGGAUUACUUGGGUUUGUCCGACCCUUAUGCGAGUCGGAAGUGGACGGCAAGGCAGCGAAAAUACGCGCAGAAAUUGUCGCAGCAGACACAGGGCGUGUACACUCCGCAGCUAAUCGCGCAGGGACGCGCGCACUGCGUCGGGUCCAAGCCGGAUCUCGUGCGAGAGAUCAUUCGAUCCGCGCCCCGGUUCAGUGCUCCACAUAUCAAGAUGUUGCAGCAGGCUGUAGAUCACAUCAAGAAAGCUCAAGAUGCCAUGGUCGCAUUUGAGAAUAGACAGAGACGGUCGUCUGAGUUUCGGCUCGCUGAUGUGGAGUUUAAGCCGAGGUGGAACUACAUUUCGCUGUUUGUUGUGCCGAGGCAAAGUUCGGUUAUCAUAAAUGCAUGUCAGGUUGCCGGUGAGAACUCUGUGGUUGGGGGCAACAUUAUGAGGACUGGCAAGAGACACGUCUUCGUUAUAGUGGACCGCUUUUCCAAUCAUGCAAGACUUAUCACUAUGCAAGAGUCUGCUAAAAUUGACUAUGUCAUCAAACGGUUUAUGGAUAACUGGGUACGCGAUUUUGGACUCCCCACGUCUACAGUGAGUGAUAGGGAUGCCAGAUUUACCAGCGAGCUGUGGCAGUCAACAGCUGAACAGAUGGGCACCAAGCUGCAAAUGACGUCAGGGAAUCACCCUGAGUCAAAUGGCCAUGCAAAACAGAUGAACCGAGUAGGACAGCACCUGCUUCGACAUUAUAUCAAGCCAAGUCUGGAUGACUGGAAUGAGAAGUUACCUCUCAUUGCCAGCAAGUACAACAAUAAUGUGCACAAUACUACUGGUACGACUCCCAACCAAUUGCAUCUUGGUUGGAAGCCCAGAACUGCACUUGACUUUCUGCUGCCCGAAAGACAGCCCACUGCAGCACCUGGCAGCCUAGAGUUUGCUGUCAAGCAUGAGCAGAUGCUGCAGCAGGCCGUCGAGCAUAUUAGAAAAUCUCAGGAUGCUAUGAUCGCAUCUGAGAAUAAGCAUAGGCGGCCCUCUAACUUUCAGGUACUCCUCACGGAUUACCUUAGAUGUCUGCCUUCAGAGGUUAGGACAAAGCUGGUAGAUGAGGCCUAUGUCGAACAACACAACUUCGCUUCUGUCAGCAAGAAGGCCUUAGACAUAGAGGCAAAGUUUGGAUCCGCGCAUCAGAGUCAGGGAGAUGGUAGGAAGAAGAGACUUCCCCAGGACUGGAAGAAGAAAGGGCAAGUAAUGUCCAUCGACCACGAUGGUCAGGCGACAGAAAUUGACGACUUCCGAGACCUUGGGAGGAGACAAAGCAUGAUGGGGCCAGGGAGACUUCGGAUGGGGGAGUCGUGGCACCCAUCAAAGAAAAGGCUAAAGAAGGUAGGCUGGUCUACGUGUCAGGGCGACCAAGGAACGCCCGCGUGGGUGAAACUUGGUUUAGAGUAUGAGGUGUGGAGGGACCGAGUUGCUAGGGGUACAUGUAUGAAUUGUGGCAACUAUGGCCACACGUCCACAACGUGCCGAGCUUUCAAGCGUUUGAAGCAUGCUCUCACGCAUCAUGAGGUUUUCAUGGUACCCGACCCACAAAGGCCAUUCGUGGUAACCACUGAUGCAAGUCCAUAUGGGAUUGGCGCAGUGUUGGCUCAGCAGGAAAGGAAGAAGUUGAGACCGAUCGAGUACAUGAGCAAAAAGAUGCCUUCAAAGAAGUUGGCAAAGUCCACCUACGAGAGGGAACUCUACGCUCUUUACAAGGCACUUGUCCACUGGAUGCACUACCUGUUAGGAAGGUUCUUCUACUUCAGAACUGACCAUCACACACUCAAGUGGAUUAAGACUCGACCAGUUCUCUCCGAUGCACUCAAUCGCUGGAUUGAAGUCAUAGAUCAAUAUGAUUUCAAACUAGACUAUUUGAAGGGAGAGUACAACAAGGUUGCAAACGGGUUGUCUAGGAGGGCAAAUUACCUAGGUGCGCUGAUUUAUGAGUUUGGUCUAUCUGAAGAUGUAACUCGAUCUUUGGAGGAAGCCUACAAGGAAGAUUCCAUCAUGAUGGACAUCAUCAACAAACUUCAGGCUAAAGAUAAGGCCACUACUGAUAAGUUUGUGAUGGUGGAUGGGUUGCUCUUUCUUGAGAAGGCAGGAUUUAAGAGAUUAGUUGUUCCAUCUAGGGAAGAUUUGCGUAGUUUGUUUUCAGGUGAGUGCCACGACACAACACGACAUUUCGGUUAUAAGAAGACUAGUGCUAAUCUAGUACAACGAUUCUGCUGGCCUAACACGCUUGACGAUGUGAAGAAGUACGUGGAGACCUGUCAGGUCUGUCAGCGGGACAAGCUGCGAACUCAAGCUCCGCUUGGGUUACUCGAGCCUUUACCCAUUCCUGCUGGCCCAGGUCAGAGUAUCUCCAUGGACUUCAUGGAUACUCUACUGACCAGCAAGAAUGGCAAGAGGCACAUUUUCGUCAUAGUGGACAGGUUUACCAAGUCGGGAUUUAGGCCAGCAGCACUGUCGCCGUUGCCGUUAACGGCGAUGUCAGGCCCCUUUCCGGUACAACCUGGCACGCAGCCAAGUGAAGGUAUUAGGCCGGAAGAUGCGAAGGUGGCUAGUAUAAGGGACUGGCCACGACCUCAGACUGUUAUUGAGGUCAGAUCUUUCUUAGGAAUGUGCGGCUACUAUAGGAAUUUCGUAAAGAACUAUUCUACAGUCGCCUCUCCUUUGACAGAUCUAACUCGACUAGACACGCCGUGGGAUUGGAGUGAUGAGUGCGAGGCUGCUCUCAAACGAUUGAAGCAUGCACUCAUGAAUCAUGAGGUUCUCAUGGUGCCCGAUCCUCAGAAACCAUUCAUAGUGACCACUGACGCAAGCCAAUACGGCAUUGGCGCAGUGCUGGCUCAGCAGGAUGGGAAGAAGUCGAGGAUGAUUGGGUACAUGAGCAAGAAAAUGCCAUCGAAGAAAUUGGCAAAGUCCACCUAUGAAAGGGAACUCUAUGCUCUUUACAAAGCACUUGUCCAUUGGAGUCACUUUCUACUGGGAAGGUUCUUCUAUUUGAGAACUGACCAUCAGACCCUCAAAUGGAUCAAGACACAACCGACUCUCUCUGAUGCACUCAAGCGAUGGAUUGAGGUCAUAGAUCAGUAUGACUUCAAGCUAGAGUAUCUGAAGGGAGAGUACAACAAGGUUGCAGAUGCGCUAUCUCGUAGAGCAGACUACCUAGGUGCGCUAGUUUCUGAGUUUGGUGUAUCUGAAGAACUAACUCAAUCGUUGGUGGGAGCCUAUCAGGAAGACCCUGUCACGAUGGACAUCAUACGCAAGCUUCAGGCAAAAGGCAAGGCCACAGAAGAUGAGUUUGUGAUGGUGGAUGGACUUCUCUUUCUUGAUAAGGCCGGAUGUAAAAGGUACCUCGAAGACGAAGCUGGAGCUAUGGCGCUGCAGAUGGACUCUGCACGAGUGACGACAUCAAAUAUCUGCAUCACUGUGACAGUUGGGCUUGCAGCUAAUUUUGAGGAGGUGAGAAAUGUCCGAGUAUAUGUUGCACUUUUUGAGAAUGCUUCUUCUCUGGCUCUCUUUCAGAAUGAUCCCUCGUCCCAAACGGAGAGCAUUCUGCAGAAGGGCGCAAACCUUCCAAGUGAUCGUAUUGUUCGGCGACUGGGGAAGGCCUUUUCCCUCCCAGGCAACUCUGCUGGAAGCUUUGGGAAAGGCUGUGUGAAGUUUGGCACUUGGUCAGAUUUUCAAAGAGAGUGCUGUGGAGUCGUCAUUUUCCUGCAAGAUCCAUCAACAAUGAAGAUCUAUGGCUGCCAGCAGUUUCCGUUGGAGACGCUGUAGUUUCUCCAUGUACAAUUAUUCGUCAGUUUCAUCAGCCAUCCUCUUCUCAGCUCAUGUACCUCUGGAACAGGUUCCUCUUUGGGUAUGUGUUCUUCAUGCAGCACUGGGUUUGCCUAGCCAUGGGUGGCUGCUGGGAUGUGUUCUUACUGCAGCAUGCUCAUCGCCGAACCAUGAGUGGCUGCUGGCAGUUAGGGAACGGCGGAGUUCGACUUCCACGUGAGGGCUUCUGCAGGCCGUUAAGGAUGGCAGGCCGAGCUCACCGGCCCUUUAUGUCUUCAUUUUUCCUGAAAGUGAACCCGAUGAUGCUGUCAAAAUUAGCCUUCGAAUCACUUCCAGAGUAAGCACGUAGUCUCUGGGGCCAUGUUAGCAUCGGAGAUGAAUAGCUCUUAGCCUUUCAGGUCGUCUUUAAAUUGAAGAGCUGCUAGUGGUAUGAGAGUUAGCGGCAGGGUCUCUUGUAUUUCAUAUACAUGGCAUGGGGGUCAAUGCUGGAGUACUGUCCUACUCCCUGCUAGGAGUCUGGAGGAUGUUGACAACAGGGUGAGAGGUUGCCAGCUUUGGCCUCACCUCAUGGACCUUUGCUUAGAUCUUUUUUUGGGUAUUGUUAUUCUUUAUAUUAUUGUUUCACCAUAGUCUUUUUGGGAGGUGCAACAUGAAAGGUCUGUGUCUUGAGCUCCCAUCUCCCGUUAGGCUGGAUGGACGCCAGAGUGACUUGCGGUUGUUGUUAGUUAGCUCACAAACACAGAUUGGUAGCCAGCCAGCAGGUAGCCGGCAGGCAAUUCAUCCAUUCUAUUCUGAGGCUUAACGAACGGCAUAUUCAUUCAUUUGUUCAUUUGCGAUAAUGCACUGAGAGCAUGAAUAAGUCAAGUCAGCAUGUUCCAGAUUUCGAAGAUCUUCAGUCUCUGCAAGGGCCAAGGAGAUGCAGGAGGUUUCUGACUACAUCAAAAUGACGAUUCAGAGACUGUGUAGAGUAGCUUAAUGUAAUAUGAUAAUAGGAAUAAGGGGCAAUUACAUGUUGCACUCUGUUCGUGCAUAUUGCUGCCUGUGUGUUGGCCCAUGUAACUGGGGGAUAGAGAGCACAUUGUCAGGUAGUGGAGACGCCAACAGAGAUGUGUGGCACAACCACAUCUCUGUGAUUUCAUUUUGCUUUACGAUAAUUGACACCAUGGCCAUUCAUUGGACUGUCGGUUCCAAAACGCCUAAAACGGAAAGGAGUGCUUGGUGUUUUCCAACAGGCCUGCCAUCGGUGGAAGUGAAGGUACUGCUCUGCUGUUCAUGAUGACACUGGCCUCAGUUAGGGCUGCUGCUGAUUGUCCACGACUCGUACUUGCAAAUCCCUUGUUUUCUCAGCUCAGUCCACUGUUCAUUCUAGGACUGUGACUUCAGGGGUCUUCCAUAGAGGAGAUGCGGCUUGCUGUCUGCAGACUCUACUUGUCGACCCCUUGUUUUCUCUGCUGUUUAUUUGGGCACCCACUUCACUUCAGGGCCCUUCCAUACAAUACAUCCUGCUUAUUGUCCACAGAAUCGCAGAUCCUUCUUGCAAAUCCUUCGU